AUGCCUUUCUCAUGCCUCGGCAAUUUUAUGAAGGUUACUUGCGAAGUUUUCAAGACUAAACGUCUUAGCUCAGUUUCUUCGAUAUCGACGCAAGAUUCAGAUGGUUACUCGUCGUGGGAGGCUGUUGAGCUCGAGAAGGCAGUGACUGAUUUCAACUGGGACAUCUUCGACUUCGUCGAUGGCUUGCGGGAUCCAACCGACGUAUUGAAAACGGUGGGGAUAUUCUUAUUCAAACGGGCCGCGAAGGAUCUGCAGCUCGACUGGUAUCCCCGAGCUAUGAAGUGGCUGAGACUAGUCCAAGACGCUUACCAAGAUGUGCCCUUCCAUAAUGUUGUACAUGCUGCCGAUAUUGCGAUCGCUCUGCAUCAUCUACUUGAAGUUUUCGAGCGAUCAUUCAACUUGAAUGCAUUGGACCUCAUCGCCUGUUACUGUGCCGCACUGGCGCAUGAUGUUUAUCACCCGGGUUAUUCCAAUCGGUAUGUGCUCGCUUUUUGGGGUAUUAAAGACUCUUCUGAUACGCAUCCUCUGGAGACAAUACACGCUCGAGAGGCGGUCCGAAUGCUGCGAGAAACGGGCAUGGCUGAGCUCCUAGGUGGUCGUCGUGUAGAUCUUAUUCAUCGUAUGAUCAUCGCUACUGAUAUGCAGCAACACAAUAUGUGGGUAGAAAAGGCGAAAUGCCUGGACUCCCUAUCAAAAGACGAUCGUCUGUGUGUUAUGCUGCAUGCAGCUGAUAUAUCUAAUCCUGCCAGGAGUCGAUCAGUGAUGCAGAAAUGGUCGAUACGAUGCAUGAGGGAGUUUUGGAAUGAACGGGAUCUGUUUCUGGCCAAGGGCGUUGAUCCGCCUUCUACUCUGCCUCCUCGGGCGACUUCAAACGUGUCGUUGGCAUCUGCUCAAAUUGGCUUUAGUAAGUUCUUUGGUAGUACAGGGGGGAGCACUACUAAUCUUGGAUUUGGUAAUCUCAGGCCAUCGUUGGAGCCUAGUUCCCUGCCGAAGUUGUCAACAUUUAUAUCACCAAAUUUCGACAUAUUUGAUUACGCGGCGUCGCACUACCAGAAUAGAUUCGAUAUUCUUCCUGUUGUGGCGAUGGUAAUUUUUGACGAUGUUCUCGAGACUAUGGAGUUGGUGGAGGAGAAAAAGAGGAAGUUGCGCAUCGCACUGGCAGAGUAUUCUAAAGCGGUGACGUGGGAGUAUAAUGCUGCUCCUUUUCACAACCCUAUCCAUGCUGCUGAUGUCACUCUUGCCUUAUACGUAUUGAUGCGGGAUAAGGAGCCUCGCAUAGAGCCCUUGCGCUUGGGCAUGAUGUGA